GAGGCUUCACAGCCUGCUACUGCGCAUGCUCGAGCUGGUACCUUGCAACUUUGAGCAUGCGCCUUGGUGAUGAACUGGAAACAGGGACCACCUGGGUUCUCUCUGCUUCUGUUCUGAAGGAUGCAGGGAUCUGCAAGUUUAAGAGUUUGUGCAAUGGGAUGCAUUAUCCCUUCAGUUGGGCGGGGGCAUGGGAAGCUGUAAGGGCUUGGAAAGGUCCCAAAGGCAGUAGGACUGCUUGCAUCUGACCAUUUUAUCUGACCAGAGGCUUAGCCACCAUUCUGCAUAGCAGGACAGACAGCUAGCAGGCCAAGAGGAACCUAGUCCUGCAAAGGACACCCCCAAACCUCUUGCAACUGAGCUGGGAUCUUGGUUCCAGAGUGAAAUCCACAUCCUCUCAUGACCUCCAGAGAAGAUAAAAUGGUUGACACCGAUCCAGCUCAGGUUCCUUUGGCCUUUGAAGAUGUAGCCAUGUAUUUCUCAGAAGCAGAGUGGGCUAUGCUAGAUUGGGAUGGAAGAGCUUUAUACUGGGAGGUCAUGGUGGAAAAUUACAGGAAUGUGGCUUCAUUGGGAUCUCUGGGUCCAAAGCCAGCGCUGAUUUCCUAUCUGGAAAAAGGGGAAAUUUUGUGGGUCAUUGAUCAGAGAGAAUUGAGAAAAGCAGUUGAUGUGCAAGUGAAGGAGGAAGAGGACUUUCAGCAGACAGAAAUUUCUCAACUGAGAAAAGCAAAAGAGACAGCAUUCCUGUGGAGCAAUGGAAUAAACUCCCAGCGUACCAAGAAAGGAGCAAGCUCUCCGAUAAAUCACAGGCAGAGAAAGCGCCCUCAGAAAAAAGCCAUUUGUUGUGAGGGAAGAGGCAAAGUCCCAAGUGAAAUGAUCCAAGAGAGGAGUCACAAGGAUGAGAUGCAAGGGGCCCGUUCUGAGGAGUCAGGAUUUGGUACCACUGAAACUAUCAAGAUUCCUCAUCAGGCAGUACAGCCACUGGAGUGCAUUGCCUGUGGACGAACCUGCACCCACAAAGCUGCCCUCAUUAUACACCUGAGAUCUCACACUGGAGAGAAGCCAUAUGCCUGUCCAGAUUGUGGAAAAAAAUUCAGCUGCCGAGGAAAUCUCAAUAGACAUGAAAAGGUCCACUUAGAGGAGAAGCCGUAUGCCUGUUCAGACUGUGGGAAGAGGUUCCUUGACCAGGAACAGCUUCUUUGUCAUGAAAAAAUCCACUUGGGAGAGAAGCCAUACGCGUGUUCAGAUUGUGGGAAAGAGUUCAGCUGCAAAGGAAAUCUUCAUAGACACGAAAGAAUCCAUGCAGGUGAGAAACUGUACUCAUGCUCAGACUGUGGGAAGAACUUUCUUGACAGAGAACGUCUUGUUAGACACAGGAAGAUCCAUUCUGGUGAGAAGCCCUAUAUGUGUCCAAAUUGUGGGAAAUGCUUUAGCAGCAGAGAAACCCUCAGUAGACAUGAAAAAAUCCAUUCUGGUGAGGAUCCCUAUAGAUGUCGCCACUGUGGGAAAACCUUCAGGCAAAGAGGAAAUCUCAGUAGACAUGAAAAAAUCCAUUCAGGACAGAAGCUCUUCACUUGCUCAUACUGUGGGAAGUGCUUCAGACAGAGGGAGUACCUCAGUGUUCACGUGAGAAUCCAUACUGGAGAAAAACCAUAUAUAUGUCCAGAUUGUGGGAGAAGCUUCAAAUGUGCAUCAAACUUUAGCAGACACAAGAAGAUCCAUGGAGGAGAGAAACCCCAUUCAUGUCUGGAUUGCAGAAAAAGGUUCAGAACCCUUUCAGACCUUAAACUUCAUGAGAGAAUCCACACCGGGGAGAAACCUUUUCUGUGCACCGACUGUGGGAAAAGCUUCCGUCGCAGCUCUACUCUGGCAAGUCAUUUGAGAACUCACAAAGGAGUCAGACCGUAUAAAUGCUUGGAAUGUGGCAAAGAGUUACGGCACAAAUUCUCUUUGAUUAAACAUCAGGAAAUACAUAGGUAUAAAUGCUCAGACUGUGAGAAAAGCUUCAGCCAAAGUUCACUCCUUGAGCAACAUAAAAGAAAACACACAGGUGAGAAACCCUUUAGUUGCUUGCACUGUGGAAAAAGAUUUAAUCACAGAUCAGCACUGAUUAUACAUGAGAGACGACACACAGGAGAGAAACCUUAUGGGUGCUUAGACUGUGAGAAAAGCUUCAUUACAAAAUAUAAACUUAUUCAGCAUGCACAAAUCCACACCAAAGAGAAGCAGAGUGUAUGAGAUGAUCUGCGGUCAAAGAUGAAACCUCACUCAACAUGUGAGAAUCUGUGUGAAGAAAGAAGCCUUGCAAGUGCCAGUGCUGUGAGAAGAGAAUUACACAGAGAUUAUGCUUUAUUAUGCAUGAAAGAUUCAGGUUUAGGAAGAGCGAUCCUGUGAAAAGAAUGAGGAAAAAGCUAUUUCUUCGUACCUUCUGUGACUCUUGAAGAUUUGCCUAGGAAAGUGAUCAUAGAGAUACCGAAUAUGUGACAGUCUCCAUUAUGAAUGGACAAUUUCAGUCUCACCAAAUAAAUCACAUGAGGGAAACCACUAAUGCAUGGAUUGUGGGGAAGGUUUUAUUAAUCCUUGUGCAUUUUAUCAACCCUUGUGUCAUUUUAUUCUCCUAGAAUCAUGUUUUCUUGUAAAACCUACACAGAAUAAGACUACAGUAUGGGCAUUCUUUCUCGUGAUCAGCUGCACAUUAUAAACUGUCACCAGAUUUCAGCCAUUAAUCAUGUAAAGGGUUUUUUUUCCUUAUAAAAAAAAUAGUUGGGAGAGGGAGAAAUCAAUCAACAAUUAUUUUUUAGUUUUCCUAUUGUGGUAAAAUAUAUCCCAGGCAAACCGAUGCAUAGAAGCAGAAGUG